UUUUUUUUUUUUUUUUUUUUUGGGAGGCAGAAAAAACACGUAGCCACCCGGGUAUGUUUGUAAACGGAGAGACACUGACUCUUGGCUGAAAGUAAAAUAACAUGUGAAUAGUUUUGGUGAUGAACGCUGAUCUGCAGUGGACUGGUCAACUUUGGAUGUUAGUGUAAUUUUUUUUAUCCAGCAGCUCUGUCCAAACAGAGCACAGAGGCACUGAGGGGGAUCGGAAUUUACCGGUGACAAGUCUGUGAGGGGGAAAAAAGAAAAAGAGGAUCCACUCGUUACAACUUUUUUUUUAAAACCCUGCUGUAUUUUAAUCACAGAGGAAAUUGUAAUCAAGAGUGAAAGCCUUGAGUCGAUGAAAAGGAUCCAGCCACAACUUUUACCCCCUUUGAGUUCUGCUUCAACUCUGAAGAACAGCACCAAUCAUGGCGAAAAAGUAUGAUUUCCUCUUCAAACUGUUACUCAUCGGGGACAGCGGAGUGGGCAAAACAUGUCUGAUCAUUCGCUUUGCUGAGGACAAUUUCAACUCCACUUACAUUUCAACCAUCGGCAUUGACUUUAAAGUUAAAACCAUUGAGGUGGAUGGAAAGAAAGUGAAACUACAAGUCUGGGACACAGCAGGGCAGGAGAGGUUCAAGACCAUUACGACAGCCUACUACAGAGGAGCCAUGGGCAUCAUCCUGGUGUACGACAUCACAGAUGAGAAGUCUUUCGAAAACAUUCAGAACUGGAUGAAGAGUAUCAAAGAAAACGCAUCAGCCGGGGUCAGUCAGAUGUUGCUAGGAAAUAAGUGCGACAUCGAAGCAAAGCGGAAAGUUACCAAGGAGACAGGAGAAAAGCUGGCAAAGGAUCAUGGCAUCAGGUUCUUUGAGACCAGUGCAAAGUCCAGCAUUAACGUUGAGGAGUCGUUUCUGGCUUUGGCACGUGACAUAUUACAGAAGUCCAACAAGAAACCGGGCCCCACAGGCAGAGAGGUGAAAAUCACCAGCACUACAGAGAAAAAAUCUUCCAAAUGUGUUCUCCUCUAGAUGUGACACCAGCCAGCACACCUUGAGUCGCCAUUAAAGUUAAAGAACACAUCAGUAUUACCGGGGAAAAAUACAGCAAGUUUUCUGUCUCCAUCUGGUGGGCUCAGAUAUCAAAUACAUACAGGUGCCAAAUGUAUGUUUUUAUACCUACACUAUCUGUAUUCCAAAUGUUUGUAGUGUGGUUCCCCAAAAAAUGUAUUUUGCCAGAAAAAUAAUUGAUCCUCCUUUGAUCUGAAAUUUGACUGAGGUCAUAGUUUAUCAUUCAUCAAGCAUUUUUUUCUGCCAUGAAAAUGUUGCAAAGUGGAGUGUUCGAUGUCUCUAAAACUAUGACACAGCAUUUCAUCAACUAGUCCCCUCCCUAUAGUUCAGCUACACAUUUUCUAUUUCCACCCUGCACACUAUUUCUCUGCCUUACAACCGCAUUAUCAACCGGAAACAGUGCUGUUCAGUGUUGUUUAAGAAUUAGAUCUGGGUAUUUUUAAUCUUUUUUUGGUCUGGGUAGAGUACAGUAGUGGUCUUUAAACAGUUCAGUGGUAGAAGAGGAGUUUGAUGGAAAGUGUUUUGGUUCACCUACAACACAGCAGACUUCUGGUUGUAGUCUUGAACCCGAAAUGUUUGUUUUGUUAGAUGGUUUAAAUACUGAGCAGAACUGGUUAACUGACUGUUUAAGAAGUCUCAAAACACCUUUUUUUUAGCAGUGCACCUUCACUUUUGUCAGUUUACUGUUUUAAAUCCAGUGAUUUACAGACAAGUAGACAUCUUAUUCCUGCAGUGUCAUAUGAGACACAUUUUUUCCCCACGUGUAGUUUCACAUAAAUAUCUUCCCCGGAUGAGAUGUUUAAAUAGUAUACAUUACCAUCAGAAUCUAUGCCAUUAAAUACGAAAGAUUCUGACUAUAUAUCACGAAAAGUUCCUGACCACAUCCCAUGACUAGCUGAAAACCUUCUCUUCACCCUAAUAAAUGCUGCAUGGAGUUCAAGCUCGAAACAAACACUGGUGGUAAACAAGCCUGGUUUUAAUAGAUGAAGGGAUUGAGAAUGUGGAUGAUAGGAACAGAGAUAAGUGCAAUAUGAGAAGAUGAGUGGAGAGAUGAAAGAAUGAUGGAUAAAGCAAGUGAAUGGACAGGAUGUGAGAGCCUGGGAAGCAGCAGCGGUUACACGUCCCGCAUUUUGAAUUGAUUUAGUGGGUCUUGCCUUUUAUCUGAAGUGCCUGGUAAUUCUCCCACUAAACACUGCCACACAUUAUCUAUGUCAAACAUGACAGUUUCCCUGUUGUAGCAAUUUCCAGAUCAUUCAAAAUUACUGUGAUCAUCUGCUCAUCCGCUCAUCUGCUCCUGACAGUCUUUUUUUUCUGCACAGACGUACUGUAUUUUCCACAUCUUGUCUUUCAAGUUUCUUUCACAUUCUCUGUAGACCUGCCACAAGACUUUGUAUGUAGUUUACAGACCUGAUGCUUGCUGAAUAAAAAUUGAAAACAGUAAAAAAAAAAAAUA